CUUAUUUAUUAUCUAUCCUCCACCUGCCACCUUCCCACACCUCCCGACAACGAUAUCAACUGGCCUUCUACCACCAUCCAUCGUUUGGACCUUGCCACUUGCUAUCUCAGUCGAGGAUCCUCAAAGUAAGAGUAGCUCGACUGCCUGCUUAGCCUCCACGGCCAACCGACAUUACAUUCACGAGACGGCGGGAAGCAGGCAUCCAUUGGCUCUCCCUCCUACACGGCAGCGUGCCGCUACAAGAAUUCACUUCCGCUACACACACAAGAUUCCGCAGAACAACAGCCAUGGACGGACCGAUUCGGCAAAUACGAGACUUUGCCUCUCACCUCCUGGCAAAGGAAGUCUCUCACCACCCUCUCUCCCCUCCUCCCGCCUACACCCCCAAUCGCCAACCCCUGGACCUUCUCGCCAUCACAGCCCGCCAGCUCGAGCAGCAGCGCGAGGCACAGCCCAGGCCAGUCCUGAUAGACAACUCUCCCGUCACGACUCUUCUCAGCGGGUCGGCCAUAGACGACGCGGCCAGCGACAUGGCCGAGGAGGAGUCCUCACCCAUCUUCCUCCGCAUCAACACCUCCAUCAAGGUGGCAAGCAACAACAACGUGCUCUGCCUCGACGCCACCCCAACAGACAACGCCAAGCAGAUCGCAGAGGCUGUCGUCAAGGCCAUGCGGGACUACAGCGCCGGCAACGCUGGCCUCCCCAUGAUCGAUGAGGAGGGCCGGCCCCGUCCCGUCAAGAUCGACGUCGACGCCGGCGUCACGGUGGAGGGUGCCAACAACUUCCUCGGCAGCAAGCAUGUCUUCCAACAGUUUCUUGAGGUGCAAAGAAACGCACAGGAUCGCGGUCAACGCCGACGUCGCGAGGAGUCUGAGGAGGAGGCUGACGAGACCGCUGGCCCUUCAAAGCGCUCCCGCUCUACCGACUGAAGCCUUGACAAAGACAUGACAUGGAGAGCCACACAUACACACAUGUGCUCACACAGGGUAACUACCUAGACCUGUGUCUUCUCCCAGGGCCUGGGCCAUGGGAAACAAAGCGCCACACACUUCAGGCGACGUCAAUACUUGGAGUAUCAAGCUACCCUGUCCAAUAACGUAGUUUGAUCAGGAGUGGUGCCGCUGUUGGAGUCGGGGCGAAAAUCAGACUGGACAAGGCGUGUGCACGAAGCCGGACCAGACAGGAACGUGACUGAUACAAUUACACAAGGAGGGGUUUUCGGAGUUCCGGGCAUGAAAUACGAUGAUAUGGGCGGGGAAAAAGAUGAUACCACAUAUUAGGCAGUCGCGUGUAAUACAACGACCAGG